AUGACAGCGUCAGCUGAAACACCGCAGAACCUUUCAUUUGUACUGGAAGGCAUCCAAAAAGUCAAAUUCGAGGAUCGUCCGAUUCCUCAAAUUGUGGAUCCCCACGAUGUUAUUGUCAAUGUAAAGUACACAGGCGUCUGCGGCAGCGAUGUUCAUUACUGGGAACAUGGCGCCAUCGGCGACUUCGUCGUUCGAGACCCGAUGGUCUUAGGCCAUGAAUCCUCUGGUGUUGUCAGCCAAGUUGGACCGGCAGUUACUACCCUGAAGGUCGGAGACCGAGUGUCCCUUGAACCGGGAAUCCCCUGUCGCAGGUGCGAACCCUGCAAAUCCGGGAAAUACAACCUCUGUAUCCGUAUGGCAUUUGCAGCUACCCCUCCCUACGAUGGAACACUGGCAAAGUACUACCGAUUGCCGGAGGAUUUUUGUUACAAGCUCCCUGAACAGAUGACUCUACAGGAGGGCGCACUUGUGGAGCCACUUAGUGUUGCUGUACACAUCGUCAAACAGGGAGAGGUCCGGCCAGGCUAUUCUGUGGUUGUUUUUGGGGCCGGCCCAGUUGGCCUAUUGUGCUGUGCUGUCGCAAAAGCAUUUGGAGCUAGUAAGAUUAUCGCGGUAGAUAUUCAACAGGGCAGGUUGGAGUUCGCCAAGAAAUAUGUUGCAAGUUCAACAUUCCUGCCCCAGAAGGUACCUGCGGUGGAGAAUGCGGCACGCUUGAAGGAGGAAAAUGACCUUGGCCCUGGUGCAGAUGUUGUCAUUGAUGCCUCCGGCGCAGAAGCUUCUGUCCACACAGGUAUCCAUGUCCUGAGAAAUGGCGGUACAUAUGUACAGGGAGGCAUGGGCAAAGCUGAGAUCACUUUCCCAAUCAUGGCGGCCUGUACCAAGGAAUUGAACGUCAAAGGGAGCUUUCGAUAUGGCAGUGGUGACUACAAACUUGCUAUUGAGCUGGCGGCAAGUGGUAGAGUUAACGUUAAAGACUUGAUUACCGGCCAGGUCAAUUUUGAAGAUGCUGAGAGGGCGAUCAAGGAUGUCAAGGCCGGUAAGGGGAUCAAAACAAUCAUUGCAGGCAUUUGA